AUGACUAAACAGAAUGAUGACAAGAGAGGUUCACAACAGUAUAGUCUUGGAGCUGCUGUCCUUAUUCAGAAAUGGUAUAGACGUUAUCAAGCACGUUUAGAAAUUAAAAGAAGAUGCGCUUGGAUGAUUUAUCAGUCAUUGGAAUACGCGGGUGAACAAAAUCAUUUAAAGCUGUAUGAUUUAUUUCAUGACUUGAUAUUGAACGCCUCUGAUCAAAACACAUCGGAUACAGACAAUCCUCCAUCGAAAACUUCAAAUAAUCUUGAUGGUGGUGAACCGUUGGAUUUAGACGUAUGGAAUGGUGAUUGGCUGCCAUCAGUACCAUCAAAUUAUCAAGGAUUAAAAUUGACUUUUCCUAUGGAUAUGGGACAAGUUGCUGCAUUGAUGGAAUCGUUUGUACAAGGUCAACGGUUACAUCCAAAAUAUGUAUUUCAAAUUUUAUGUGAAUCAAGACAGUGUAUUAUGUCACGCCCAAAUAUUCAGAUAGCAUCAACUUCUAUUUCACGACAGAUAACAGUUGUCGGUGACUUACACGGACAAUACAGUGAUCUUCAAAUGAUUUUAUAUAAGAAUGGUAUGCCAGAUGUAACUAAUCCGUAUGUUUUCAAUGGGGAUUUUGUUGAUCGAGGUAGAAAAUCAACAGAAACAUUACUAACCAUCUUAUGCUUAUUAUUGAUUCGACCUACUGCGGUUUAUUUAAAUCGAGGUAAUCAUGAAGAUCAUUUUGUGAACUGUCAAUAUGGUUUCGUAAAAGAAAUUCAAAAGAAAUACAAAUCAAUCGGUGGUAUGCUAGUGAGAUGUUUCUCUGAAUUUUAUCGUUAUCUACCGGUGGCUACGCUAAUUGACGAUAAAAUUUUUGUAUGUCAUGGUGGUAUUUCAGAUCAAACUGAUCUAAAUACACUUGGAGGCUUAAAUCGAUUUUCUUUUUAUACACUUCUUAAACCUUCGGAUAAAGAACUUUUGAACAGUGAUGGCAGGAAACAGUAUCAAGAUCUCCUGUGGAGUGAUCCACAAAAUCAACCAGGAUUACUAAUGAAUGAAAGACGUGGAAUGGGUUGUUCAUUUGGUCCAGAUAUUACAGAGAAUUUUUUAGACAGUAAUAAUUUCAGCCUGUUGAUACGUUCACAUGAAUGUAAACCUGAAGGUUUUCAAUGGUCACAUGGGAAAAAACUGUUAACUAUCUUCUCAGCAUCCAAUUAUUAUGCAGAUGGUUCAAAUCGUGGCGCAUAUGCAAGAAUCACCUCUGACGGUGCUGUACAGAUAAUACAAUAUGUAACUGGUGGAAAUAAGAAAUUAAAGACAAUGAGACAAAAAAUAAGUUGGGCUGAAGAAUCAGCUUUAACCGAUUUAAAGCGUAAAAUCUCGGCUUAUUCAUCAGAAUUGAAAAAAGAAUUUGAAUUACUCGACCCUACAAAUACUGGAAAAAUCUCUAAACUUGAAUGGAGUAAGACAAUGGAGAAAGUAUUAGAUUUGAAAUUUCCUUGGGGUACACUUCAACCACGUCUAGUCGCUUCAUCAAAAACACCGAAUCAAGUAGAAUACUUAACAACAUUUGAAAAGUUAGUCAUAUCAAAUAACACGUCGAAUAUGCCUCCUUCUGUUACUGAAGAAAUGUAUAAAUACCAGGAUGUACUUGAAGGGAUAUUUCGAGCUAUGGAUAAAGAUAAUUCAGGUCGUAUAUCUCUGAAUGAAUUUAAGCAUGCAUGUUUACGCCUACCCAAUUGGACAAAGAUUGAUGAACAAAUUGUUAUGGAUAUGGCACGUUCAAUUGACAUAAACAAGGAUGGUUUAAUUGAUUUUAAUGAAUUUCUUGAAACAUUUCGACUAGUCGAGUCGGAUCAUAAUCGUAAUGAAUCGUUAACGGAUCAACAAAUAGAGGAAUGAAUUAGUGAAUGUAGGAAGGAAGGAAGGAAUGAGAAGGGAAUUACCGCUCAAUUACCGGCAUUUCUUCUAUCACAACUUUAUGCUACAGAGUUCGGGGUGAUUUGUAAUCUAUUUUUAUUUCAAGUACGCAUUGUUUAUAUAAUCUGAUAACAAUGAAUACAUAUAUAUAAAUAUGUUUAUGUAUAAGCCAAUUCCAGUGUGAACGAUGACCUCACAAGACCCAACUUUUUAUUGAUCAGUUGGACGAAAUAACACAU